AUGGACAAUGUAACGGAGAUAAACAAUUUUACUUAUUGGUGGGUAAUUGAACAGAAUACUUCUCCGCAGCCUCGUCUUUCUCCGAGGUGGGAGAAUCAUUCAUUGUGUAAAAUAUGUAUACAGUUGAAUAAUACACAAUAUUGUCAGCCGUUGUUAUGCUCCAGUUUCAUGGCAUUCACUUCUAUAGAAUACCAUCACCUUUGUUGUUCGAGCACUAUUCCUCAUAUAAAGCAUCAGCUCAACUCUACUGAACAAACUACCUCUCUAUCAAAUCUGAAUAAAUGCACAAACUCAAGAUUGGCCUCGUCUUUGAAGUCAAUGUCAACACUUCAAUGUAUUGAUUGCCAAUGUGUGGAUGAUCGCAUCUACUGUACAUUGAAUGCCACACAAAUAUAUCAACGCAACAAUGUAAAUGUCCAGUGUGAUCAAUUAUUAUCAACGCUACAACGAGAUUCAUUACUAAUUCCUAUGAAGUAUAUUCAGAUAGAUAAAUCAAGAGACGGACAGUAA